AUGCAACCACCACAUCACCAUCACCAUCACCAUUCACGGAUCAAUCUUGCUGACUUGAAAGCUCAGAUGGUUAAGAAACUUGGCCCAGAGGGUUCCAAGCAGUACUUCUAUUGUCUAACUAAGUUCCUCAGUUUAAAACUAACCAAGGUUGAGUUCAACAAGCUUUGUCUUCGAAUAAUCGGCCGGGACAAUCUUCCUCUUCACAAUCAGCUCAUUCGUUCGAUCCUCAGAAAUGCCUGCACAGCAGAAUCCCCUCCCCCAGCCAAUGCUCCUUUGGAUGGUUACCGGCUGAAUGGAUCCUUAGGUUUGUCGAAUGGAGUUGAUCGUCGCAUUGAGAAUGGAGAUUUGCAUCCAUUUGUUGGGAGAUCAGCGAAUGGGAAUGAGACGAUGAUUGGGAGAUUGCUGGAGGGCCAGGCUUCUACUAGAAGCGAUCUUCGAGCUCCCUUAGGGGUUCAAUUUUGUCCGGGGCCGCAAAGAACAAAGCCUCCACCGAGUAGCUGGAGAUGUACAGGAACAGUCGAUGAUCAUGUUUUGUUCGAUAAUCUAACACUAAAGGAAUUGAUGGAGCAGAUUUCUGCAGCGCGCGGACUUGAAGGAGUGUCGAUGGAUUCUGCCAACAUAUUGAACAUUGCUUUAGACUCUUACAUGAAAGGAUUGAUCAAGUCAUGCAUUGAGUUUUCUGGGUCAAGAUCAUCACACAAUCUGAUGAAGAACAAGCUCCAUAACUGCACAAAACCGAUAAAUGGUGUCAGACCGGGUUAUCAACACCCGAUGCAAGAACUCAAAGCUCAACGUGCAAUAAGUUUUCAGGACUUCAGAGUGGCUAUGGAACUGAAUCCACAAAAACUCGGAGCAAACUGGCCAUUGCUACUGGAGAAAAUAUGCACACAGGCAUUCCAUGAAUAGCCCGGAUCUUGGAACUCAGAUUUGUCAAGUAGCCUCGACUAAAUUCAUUCAAUCUUGCUGGAUCAACCCACUCGACAAGAACUGGAAAUCUUGAGUCGAAUCUGCGAUCGGGGCUACCCUGCCAUCGGCAACCAUUCGCCGUUGCGCCUGUUGAAUAAUGUGUAGUUCAGUUCAGUUCAGUUGAUUCUGUAUUUAUGUAAUGUAUGUACUUAUGUAUGUAUGUAUACUCACAAUUAAGUAAGUAAGAUGGAUCGAUAUUGGGGUGGGGAUCUUAAUUUAACA